GAUUUGGAUUGCGUAGCGAAGGCUAAAUACGCGGCAAGCCGAUAAGCACAGAAACUCACAGACAAACUAGACGAGUCAGCAGCCCACCGGCCCCCUUCCGAUGGUUCAAUCCGUUUAAUCAAUCUGCUCCGGCGUCGUCCCAACUCCCAAGAUCAUCUCAAGCUCCCACUCUCCUCUUCCUCUCUCUCUCUCUCUCUCUGUUGCGUUGCGAUGUGGAACGAUUGCCGCGGCGGUUUACCGGGCGCUGACCAGCCACAAUUCGAUCAAGAAUCGUUUAUUAACUUUGAUUUCUUCUCGGCCACGACUAAACCUAAGGACUAUUACAAGACGUUGGAGGUGGAUUACGAUGCAACCGAUGAUGAUAUUCGAGCUAAUUACAUACGACUGGCUCUGAAAUGGCAUCCUGACAAGCAGAAAGAUCAGGAUAAUUCCACUUCAAGAUUUCAGGAAAUAAACGAGGCUUAUCAAGUUUUGAGUGAUCCCAUCAAGAGGAGAGAAUACGACAUCAAAGACAUGCUGUACAAAUAUGAUUACAACGUAGUUGAAUAUCUCAAUCGGUUCAAAGGGCUUAUAUUGACUUGCAAUGGCCUUGGAAUUAAGCAUUCAAUUUGGUAAGAAACAGAGCCACUGUUCUUCCUAAACACAUCACCUGUUCAGUACAUGUGAGAACAUUUGGCCUAUUAUAUAUCAUCAAUCUGCUGACAUCACACAAUUCUAGUGGCCCCCAGAGCUGCCAGACCCCUUUCAAGCUUUCUUAGAACCCUAUACUUUCUUUUGUUCUGAUUUUUGUAUAAGAAUAUCAUAUUAUGUAUCUAUUCUCUUCCUUGACAAUAGAUCCACCUCAAUUCUACUGUGUUCUUAUCUUAAUCUGUGGCCUUUUCUCUCUUUC